UCGAUGUGUUGGCUGUGAAUUUUACGGCGUGAAUUCGUGAUUCGUGAUUUUCCAUUUUCUCGCUCCUCAAAUGGCUAUUGUGAAGAAGUAACUGAAACGUACGUGCGAGUGAAAGGAAGAUUAGAAUAUUCGUGCGCCAACCAGAAAGAAGGUUCCAAGCCGCCAGCAACAAUGCAAAGAGAACAGCAGAAGAACGCAUCGAUGGAUUUCUCACCGAGCCCAGACAGUGAAACUUCUGGCUACUAUAGAAAUCGCAGCCGACGUGAUGAGCGUGACCGGGGCAAUCGAGGAAGAUCGAAGGACCGUUUCCGGAACAACUCUCGCUACAGCCGCAGCCGGUCUCGAUCGUACAGCCGAGAACGCUACACUUCGCGACAGCGCAGUGACGAGAGGGAUCCGUAUCGAGACGAGAACGAUCAAGAGUAUGAUGAUGGUGGAGGAUGGGAAAGAGAGCGCUACAGACAGCGGAGCCGGGAACGGGACCGAGACCGAGACCGCGACCGGGACCGCGACCGUCGUUCCCGUGAGCGAUACCGCGACCGAAGAGUCCGGGACAAGGACGGCCGCCGGGGUGGCUAUUCGCCCAGCUCCAUGGAUGACAUCGAUAACUUUGAUAGCGAAAACGAGUACAUGUACGAUCGGACACCCAAUAAUAACAUCAUUAUUCGCGGACUAGCACCACAAGUGACUGAAGCGGAUAUUGUCAGUGAUCUCAUCCAGUGCGGUCUGCAGGCUCUAUCCGUGAGGCUGAUUCGCAGGAAAAAGACAGGUGAAUCCAGAGGGUUCGCAUUUGUCGAGUUUCGCACAGAAGAGGAAGCAACUCGGUGGAUAUGUAACAAACAGGGUGUGCUGGUGUUCAAUGGAUACCAUGCCGUCAUGCAGUACACCUUUUCGAUGCCGUCGAAAAUGAGCACCGAUUGGUUCUGCUCUAAGUGCUAUGCUUUCAAUUUCAAGCGUAGGGAAAAUUGCUUCAAAUGCCAUGCAUCACGCAAAGGCAGCGAGAUCGGUGGUGAUGGGAGUGACGAGAUGAGCAACAUUCUCACCAAGAAGAUCAUGCUCCGCAACCUGGACGUACUGUCGAACGAAGAAAGUGUGCUGGGUGUCAUGCAGAAACGGUUGUCGGCGGAGCUGGUCGGAAAAAUCUCGAAGGUGGUCAUAUGCCGCGAUCCCCUGACCUCGAUCUCGCACGGUAUGUGUUACUUGCACUUCGAAAAUCUCGUCGACUCGAUGAACACGCAUAACGCGCUGAAGGAGCUGGAGCCGCCGCUGAUGAUCGACAACCGUGAAGUCAUCGUCUCGUACUGCAUGGAUACCGAAAACCGGAACGUAAUGAAACCGAAUCAACCGGCAAACCAACCUCAUCACCAUCAUCAUCAUCAUCACCAGCGAGCUGAAGGCGGAGGGAGAGGAGGAGAUAAUCAUCGCAAUGGAGGUGGCGAUGGUCGGGGUCAACAGUUGGGUGACCAUUCGCAAUCCGGAAACUAUCAUCAUCAUCAUCAUCACCAUCAUCAUGGUGGUGGUGGUGGUGGUGGUGGUGGUGGUGGUGGUGGUGGUCACCGAGGAGAUGGAGCUGGACCGAGCUACGAUCGAUACGGCAAUUCACAUGGGUCGAGUAAAAGUUCCGGAGGCAGCUCUGGCAACAAUGGAGGCAGUGGUCGUAACAGCUACCAGCACGGUGGCGCUGCUGCACCACACCAACACACAACCGCCUUGGGAGUGGCGGGACCGCAGGCGGCAUCGACGGAACUGGAAUUCCCGGGCAACUACACACUCGCCGACGUACCACGUUUGGCCGAGUAUAGUGCUUCGAUGUAUGCCUCAAACACGGCUGAACAUGCUCACUAUCUUCAAUACUACACCGACUAUUACACUUCGAAGCUAGCACACACCGCACCCGCUGCUGUAGUACCGCCAUCCGUUGCUCUUCCGGGAGCCGGAAGCGGAGUAGCGUCCCGGAUGAGUGAAACGGCCAACAAUGGUGCUGCGGUCGCUCAAUCGGCGAUAGCACGGAAACAAGCGGGUGGUGUUGGUGGCAACAUCAGAGGUGGUGCCAAGGACGAUAGGUUUGCGCCGGUUGUCAUGUCAACGGUUGCUAAUCAACCGCAGCUUCCGGUACCGAAUGGGCUGGAUGGGCGAAAGUAUCCCGUUCCCGACACCUCACUCUAUCAGUUUGAUGAAACGUCCGGCUUUUACUACGAUCCCACCACCGGUCUUUACUACGAUGCCAACUCACAGUAUCACUACAACCGCGAAACCGGUUCCUAUUUGUACUGGGAUUCGGAAAAUCAAACCUAUGUGGCAGUUGCUGCCUCGACCGGUACGGUGGCCUCAAGCGCGCAACCCGAAACCAGCACUCUGAUCGGUCCGACACUGCCGGCAGCUUUUGAGCCUGAGCCUGCCCAAGCGCAUGCCGCAUCAUCGUCGGCAGCCACCGAUGGAACGGACAAGGCGGCCGAAAAGUCGAAAACGAAAGACCACCAAGCGCCACCGCAGGACAAGGUGAAGGUGGCGAAGAAGAUCGUGAAAGAUAUGGAAAAGUGGGCGAAGCAGUUGAACCAAAAGAAGGACUACAGCGUACUGCAGCCACCGGCACGGAUCGAAGAGGCCACGCUGUACUCUUCGCUCGGUCCCGCGUCGCGACCGCUGACCAUGGAGUCACACGGCGGCCCAAGUGCCGGAUAUGCUGACGUUGGCUUUUCGUUGCUGGAGAAAAAAGAACGCCUCGGUACGGGCGGUGGAUCCGACGGUUAUGCUGCGUCGCAGGGCAAACCCAUGCAGGAAGGAAACAUUCCAAGUGGUUCCCAGUACGGUGGUGGUGGGUCGGAUUCUGAUCACGAGUAUGGUGACGAUGGUGGGCCGGGAGUGCGGGAACGCGAUCUCGUGGACUUUGAGGCGCUCACGUGCUUGCUGUGCAAACGUGCAUUCCAAUCGCAGGAGAUACUGGCAAAGCAUUUGAAGAUGUCGGCGCUACAUAAGGAGAACCUCAAGAAACUGAAUCGUGGUGGGACAGCUGGAGGUAGUGGUGGUGGUGUUGGUGGUGGCGGCGGUGGUGGUAGUAGCGAUGGAGGCUCGGGUGGACCGAGCAGCUUACAGCAAUAUCGCGAUCGUGCUAAGGAGCGCAGGGCCAAGUAUGGUGAAGAUGAUGCACCGCCGGUUAACCGAAGCAAAGAACGGUUUCAACGUGAACUGGAGAAGCAAACCACUUCAUCCUAUCAGCAGAGCACCUCCGUUUCGGCACCGAUCAGCCAGAACAACGUCGGUAAUAAGUUGCUACAGAAAAUGGGCUGGUCGGAGGGCCAGGGACUGGGCAAAAGCAAUCAGGGCCGCGUGAAUAUCAUCGAGGCGGAAGCACGAGUGGCGAACGUUGGACUCGGUAUUAAGGCCAACUCGGCCGCCCAGUUUAGCCGCACAACCGAUGACUACAAGACGUACAUCAAGAAAAUGAUGAAAUCCCGCUACGAGCAGGUGGAGGGAAAGGAUUGAAAAACACGAGCAUGGAUGGUCCACGUGGAUAUAGACGAGGACUCUUGUGCUUCCUCCUUCUUGCCUAACUGCGCGGCUAGUGGUAAUUUGUACAGAGUAGACCUAAAUAAUAGCUGCACAGAUGCGGCUAUUUACUGGACUGAGUGAAGUGAAGGCAGUGCACGCCAUCUUUUUCAAUCCACUCUUCUGACAUUCUGAUCGUGAGCGAAUUCCGGAAUUCCUCCCUCUCUUUUGUA